AAUAUAAGCGGUUCAUCUGUGUUCCCAACAAUUAAAUAUCCUCCAGACAUUAUUUUACUGGCCCACGUAUUUCAAAUCUUAACUCUUUUCUUUUCUUCUCGACUGCAGACAGCUCGAAUCACAGCUUCACUUUGAUGUUACUCAACGACGUGUACCAUAGUCGUAGUCGGUGAAACAAUUGAAAUCAGGUGUAAACACUAACACUUGAUCAGUAGUAGGGAUGAGCGGAAGGUGUGUUCGGUCAGUACGGAUGUGUGGAUGCACAAAGUGAGGAAAGCGGUUAUAAGCAGAAAUGGAAUCUAGGCUAGCAAACGGUCUUAAACUCUUAUAUUUUAAGAGGCCUGGGCCAUUUGAUCCAGGACGAGUUGGUGCACGACUUCCAGAAGCAUACAGAAAAUUUUGGGAUGAAUGGAAGGUUAGAAAGCCGGAGCCUGUCCACUACGUGCCAGAACCGGGGAAGUGGAGGCGUGACCCAGUAACUGGUGUGGUAACUCCAGUACAAAAUGUACCAAUUCCUGUAAAAUAUCCAGCUGAAAGUCAUAAGGGACUUUGGGGUGGAGAAGGUGUUAUCCAAGGUUUCACAAAGAAGAAACGAACUGUCAGAAGAAAUCCGUACUUCUGGACUCCAAAUUUAAAGCGAUCAGUUGUGUAUAGUGAAAUCUUGGAUAAAUAUAUGUCUGUUGUUGUCACUGAAAGGACAAUAAACUUGAUCCACAAGAAUUGUGGAUUUGACCACUAUAUUUUGAAGACCCCUGCAUGUGAUCUAAAAUCAGAGCUAGCAGUACGAAUUAAGCGACAGCUUCUAACAGCUUUGCUGAAGAAAGAUUAUCACACUGAUAACUCUGAAAAGCAGAAACAGAUACAUGAAGAUUAUGGUCAUUAUUUGAAAUCGUACACUGAAGAGGAAAUUGAGUGGUAUGGUCUGACCUAUCGUGAAGCCUGCAGAAAACUCAAACAGUCAGAUGAGGCUUUGUCUGAGCCAAAGCCCCUAAAGCAUCAGUUCAGGGCUGAACUGCUUGCUGAAUUACUAGAAGAAACUCUAGUCACUGAUAAAAUUGUCCCAAAGGAAAGUGGAGGUUCAUGGCUGUCAAGAAUAAAUCCUUUUGCUACUAAGGAUGAAAAACCAUCAGCAUAAGAAGAAACCCUUAGGUAUAAAAUUUUUAUGACUAAAUAAAUUACCUGCUUCAUAAAAAAAUGUUUUAUGAGAGAAAAUUGAUGUAACCAGUAGCAUGUUGGCUGACUUUUAUGUGAAGUGUAGUGCAACUACAAAAGCAAUAACCAACUUGGGCAACACAAAACUCAGUGCAUCUGCUUUUGAGGGAGGUCCGCAUAAAGUUAAUGUCCCAGAUUAAUAGCUAUUGAUCUGCAACUCAAACAAUCCUAGGUCUGGUUUUUAGAUUCCCCAUUUUUCGCAUAAAAAGAAUAUGCUAACACAUAGCUGGUAAAUGUUUUUUAAAAUCUGUUAAUUUUCAAGACUUGCCAACAACUUAAUGUUACAUGGUAACAGAAAUCAUAUAGCCAAAGAAAUAGAUUUGAAAAUUACUAUUGUUAUAGCAGCUGAAUUUACUGAAUUAAAAUAAAUGCACAAUACCAUAGCACUGAACUGGUCAUUAGGGCAGUAAACUUAUGAUGACACUCUUGCUUGUUAACUGCUGUCAAAACAAGUCCAAAGCAGAAGUCCGUAACUACAGUGUGUUAACACUCAAAAUUGAUGUCUUAAGGCAUACAUGCCAUAUUGAGUCAUAUUAUUUUUCUUUCUUUCCUUAUAUAUAAGCUAUGUGUAAACUGAAUGAGCUAUGGACCAAAGACACAGUCAAAAGUUAAAUGAAUAGUUUUGUGGCAAGGGCAAUGUUUUGAUAUGCCAUUAAAUAUCUGUAUGAAACAAAGUAAGAAAUACACUUUUCAGUUUAUUAA